CUGGGCAGAGUGCGUAAGUCCGUGGCGCUCGGGGGGCUGGGGGGCCGUCCCAAGCCACCCCGCUCCGCUCCCCGCCCACAGCCGCACUUCCGCCGUCGCCGGCGUUCCGGAGCCCAGACGCAGCGUCUGAGUCGCCCGGCACCUUCUGUCAGUGGCGUGAGCGUCUCGCUGUGGCGUGUCGUCCGCGCUGCUCGGCCAGUUGUACGCCCGUGCGCUCGCCCGGCCGGCCGGCCUCCGGAGUUCCCGCCCGCGUCCCCCGGCUGGUCCGGGGCGUCCGGGCACCGCCUCGACGGCGGCUACGCCGGACGCGCGUUCUGGACCGCAGCCCGCACCCCGAGCGGACGGCGUCAUGAGGCACCUGCCGUACUUCUGCCGCGGCCAGGUGGUGCGGGGCUUCGGUCGCGGCUCCAAGCAGCUGGGCAUCCCUACAGCUAAUUUUCCUGAACAAGUAGUAGAUAAUCUUCCAGCUGAUGUAUCCACUGGCAUAUAUUAUGGUUGGGCCAGUGUUGGAAGUGGAGACGUCCAUAAGAUGGUGGUGAGCAUAGGAUGGAACCCGUACUACAAAAAUACAAAAAAGUCCAUGGAAACUCAUAUCAUGCAUACUUUCAAAGAGGACUUCUAUGGGGAAAUUCUCAACGUGGCCAUUGUUGGCUACCUCAGACCAGAAAAGAACUUUGAUUCUUUAGAGUCACUUAUUUCAGCAAUUCAAGGUGAUAUUGAGGAAGCUAAGAAACGACUAGAUUUACCAGAACAUUUGAAACUCAAAGAACACGAUUUCUUCCAGGUUCCUAAAAGCAAAAUAAUGAAUGGCCACUGAAGGAAAAGCAUCUUAUUUAUUCAUUCACUGUUUUCUAAUAUAUUACUGCUCAUAACUCUACAGUCUCAUCCUGGUUAUAUUUUAAAAAUCAAACAUUUUCCUACAGCUGUGAAUUAAACAGUACAAUGUAGUUACCAUAUUAUGUUCCAACUGUUCAAUUAAACCCAUCGUGUUACAGUACUAAAAAGGUUCAUUUUAAAAAUCAAGAUUCUUUUUAAUGUAAUAUGUUGAUUAAAAUGUACCACUAGAAAGGUCUUAAGUGUUUUAUAAUGGAAAUGAAAUAUAUAUAAAUAUGGGGAACAGGCAAGUCAGUGGUUUGAGAUGAGAACUAUUAAUUCUCAUGGUAAAAUUCUAGCAUGCAUGUACCUGUAUAGCAUGCUCUGCUAAUCAGAAGGCUCAUAAAAAUAACUAUAUUAAGCAGAGGUUUGACAGUUUAUUACAAACCUAAGGGGAAAAAUCCAGAAUUCAUAAUUUUGAUAUUUUGUGCAUUUAUAUAUUAUUAUAGACAUGAAGACUUGUGAAAUUUCACUUUAGUUAGUCAUUUCCUUUAAGGGCUCAAAUCAUUGUACUGUGUUCCAUUUUUGUUACAGCUGCCUCAGUUCUAAUUGGUCUAGACUCUCUCCCUAUUAUUUUUUUGUUUUUCUUUUAAAACCGUAAAAUGAGUGUUUUUCGAAUCUCUAGUUCUCAUUUUUGUGUUGUGUAACACGUCUCUCUUUUUAAGAGUAGAUAUUCUUCAACAUUUUUCUUAACCUUUGUUUCCUGUAAAUAAUUCUCAGUGUCAGUUCUUCCAUUUAGAAUAUCCAACUUUACGUUUACAAAAUGUAGAGUUUCAUCUGCGUCUGUAUCUGCCGUCCCAUCGCUUCACUAUAUGAACAGUGAUUAAGUGCAUAUCUCUUGCAUUUUAGAGAAAACACCCAAGUGUUCAUCUGUAGGUUUCCUCAGAGUUUAAACGAACACCUAGCAUUUCAUUUAUAUAUACCAGUUUCUUAAACAACAUAAAAUACUUGUUUCCUCCCCUAGGGAAACAAUUUAAGACCCAACUAAACUAUGAAAUACAAAGCUAUUUGUUUUUAAUGUGACUGUAUGUUCCUGAGCAAAUGCCGACUGUUGUAGUUGUGUGUGCACAAUGUAAUUUAAGGCUAGAGUGCUAUCUAGAAGAUAAAUUUUAAAGAUAACUCAUUAUAAAACCAUUUUCCCCUAAUCUGCAUAAAUGAGGACUGAUUUUAACAAAACUGUUUAUAUAAUAUUUAGAAGAAUAUCUAAAGCUGAUGUCGGAGAAGGGGAAGCAGGAAUAAAUUCAGUUGGAUUGUUUCGACUUUUUGGUAUAUGAAUUUAUGGCAAACAGUGUAGUAUGUGUCUUUUUCAUUUCUUCUUUAAAGAAAUACUUAGAAAAUGUAAUUUAAUGUUAGAAAUCCUAUACUUGAAAGAAGCCUCAAUUAUCAGUGGUUCUGUGAAACAAAAUUAAAAACAAACAUGGAAAGUGUAAAAAAGAUUUGUGUGUGAGUAGCUUGCGACUGAUUGUGUCCUCAUUAAAUGUGAAAAUUCUUUGAUAUUGUCACCUUACAUUUUGUUAAAUAACUAUUGCUUUUGAAAAGCCUAUAGUGUGUGGUUUAGGAGUUAGUUAACAGUGUCUACAUUUUUUUAAGUUUUAUAUAUAAAGUAUUUAUUAUAAGAAAUUGCAGUAGGGCCAUUUUCAAUUAGUGUUUUCAGGCCUUGAAAUAAAUCUUGACCAAGGGA